UUCUCUGCUCUUUUUCCAGGACCUACCAGGGGGUGAAGCUUCUCUACUGUUUCGGUAUCUUCAUCACUUUCGCCCUGCAGUUCUACGUCCCUGCGGAGAUCCUCAUCCCCCCCGUGUUGGCUCGUGUGUCGGUGAGAUGGGAGCGACCCGUGGACAUGUUGCUGCGCACCGUCCUCGUCCUCUUCACAUGUGCUCUUGCCAUCCUGAUCCCAGAGCUGGACCUCGUCAUCUCAUUGGUCGGUUCGGUCAGCAGCAGUUUUCUGGCGCUGAUCUUCCCGCCCAUCCUGCAGAUCAUCACUUUCCACACGGAGGGUCUUUCGCCUCUUGUCACCAUCAAAAACGCCGCCAUUAGCCUCAUCGGGCUCAUCGGCUUCAUCACGGGAACUUACAUCGCCAUCGAGAAGAUCAUAGAGCGAAACGGACUCAAAAGCACCGAGGCGUUUUCCUCCUUCAUGGUGCAGUGAUGACCCGAAAAGACAUUUAGAAAACAUAUUAGGGCACAUUUUUUAUUUGAUUUGAUCCUUCCACUUGCUGCUGUUGGAUAUGGCGGACACUGCUUUUUUUUGUUGCAUUCAUCUAUCGUGUUUUUAAGAAGCUGUGAGAAUUUAUAUUUCAUCAUUUCAUUGCUGUAACAAACUGCCACAUUUCAUUUGAAGUCCUGGAAAGUCAUGCAAACUUACAAUAACGUAAUAAUAAUGAUAAAUUCAUUCCUUCAGGUAGCUUCGAGAGAUUUUAGGUAGAGGUAUUUAAGAGGUAGUCUAUCAUUUUGAAUAUAUUAAUGUUUAAUCAAACUACCUCACACAUUUGUUUAUUUAAAUCUGGACGAUCAAAACGUUUUCCACAUUAGUUGUUGACAUUUAGUUUUCUGUAGAUCUUUUAACCACCACCUCAUUUAGAAGAAAAUCAACAUGUUUUGUUGCACUUUGAUUUAUGUCUUAUUCAGUAACGGCGCGCUUCUUUGACAUUAGACACAUCAGGAAAACUCUAAAUCAAGUAUCUGUAUUUUUAGGGAAUAAUGGGGUUGAGUAUCAUUAAAUUAAAUAAGAACUAAUUGGAAAAAAUAAGAGCUUUUUGGGGAAUUAUUCAGAAGCGAGGUGUUGCAAUAGUCCUUG